GCAUCGCCCUCUUUGGCCUCUUGCGAAAGGAAUGUCGUGUUCGACAGCAGCCUCGAAGAGAAGGAAGUCUGUUUAGAGCCUCUACACUGCUCUGUACAGUUUGAUCACAACAUUCUUAAGUGGAAUUACUUCUGCGGAAGCGCAAAGACCAUUAAGAACUCGAUUUCGAUGCAAAUGAUUGGCGUGCUGAUUGGUUCAGCAAUGUUCGGUCAAAUCAGCGACUCGUUCGGUAGACGAAAGAGCAUGCUAGUGACUAUGGCAGGGAUGGCUAUCGGUUGGAUUUUGGUAGCAAAAUCCUACGACCUUACCCUUUUCACUGUGAGUCGCACUGCUGUCGGAUUCUUCACUGGCGGAAGCAUUUCGGUUUUGAACGUUUUCAUCAUGGAGAAUAUCCCCAAGAAGCAUCGGAUGUGGAUCAACAUGGCGAUUACCUGGUCACCCAACAUGCUACCUCUAGCGGCUAUGGCAUGGGCGACGGGUGACUGGCGCUCGUUAGCUUUACUCAACGCCAUCGUCUGUGUUCCUGGCCUCUUAUUUUGUUUCCUAUGCAUUCAUGAAUCGCCGCGAUGGUUGAUCCACUGCGGCAAGAUCGCCGAAGCACAGGAGAUCAUGCGGCGCGAGUUCGGUAGCUCCAAGGAAGAAACUGUCAACGAUACGUUGCACAAGGCCGUCAGAAACGAGUACGAGAUGAUGCUUCGAGCUGACUCCCAGAAGCGUCGCUAUUCAUUCUGCCACCUGUUCUACACCCCGAAACUCGCUAUUACCACUAUUGUACUCGCGUUUAGCUAG